UCAUUUUUAUAGCGGAAGUGGGCGGGAAUAACUGCAACAUUGAGCAGCAGCACAAAAGAUCUUCUGUUAUAAUCACUGCUGCCCGUUUACUUUGGAUUUAAAUACAUGCUUAUCAUCUUAAUUUCAUCUAUUUCUCUGCGAGAUACAACUGUUAAGAGCCCUUGGAAAUAUGAGCCAAACGCCAGAGCCUUCAGCCGAUGCUGCUGUGACUGAAGCUCCAGUUUCUCAAUCUGAGCCCAAGCAAUCAACAGCUGGAAAGAAACAGAACAAAAAGAAAGUAGAAGAGGUGGUGGAGGAAGAAGAAGAAGAAUAUGUUGUGGAGAAGGUCCUGGAUCGGCGUGUAGUGAAGGGAAGAGUUGAAUUCCUCCUCAAGUGGAAAGGCUUUACUGACGAGGACAACACCUGGGAACCAGAAGACAACCUGGACUGUCCUGAUCUCAUAGCAGAAUUCCUUCAGUCGCAGAAAACUGCUGAAUCUGGAGGCAAGAGGCGGGCUGAGACAGAUGGUGAUGGAAAGGAGUCUAAAAAACGCAAAGAUGAGCCUGAGAAACUCAGAGGUUUUGCACGUGGUUUGGAUCCUGAGAGGAUUAUUGGUGCUACAGACUCAAGUGGAGAACUCAUGUUCCUCAUGAAAUGGAAAAACUCUGAUGAAGCCGAUCUUGUACCAGCCAAGGAGGCGAAUGUAAAGUGUCCACAAGUUGUCAUUUCUUUUUACGAGGAACGCCUCACCUGGCAUUCAUACCCUACUGAAGAGGACGAAAAGAAGGAUGACAAAAACUAGACAUAAAAGAUGUAUGGGACAGUUAUUUUCAGUCGUGGCCAUUGAAUUGCAUAUUCAAUUGUGUUCUCCUUUGAUGGCAAAAGAAAGAUUUCCAAAACAAAGAAAAAACAAUAUUAUAAACUGUAAUCUACAUAGGUUUCAGCCUAUUUUAAUUUUGUCACCAUUGCCUUAGAUAAAGCUUAUACAACAUUUGCUGUUUCAGUGUGCGUGACAGGUCACAUGACUGUGCACCUUUAAUGUAUUCUUCAUUCUUUUUAAUAACAUUUUAUUGACAUUCAUUAAACCCAUUAAGAGAGAUUCACAGACUGUAAAUCAUACAUGUGAAAUAGUGGAGUCCUUUAAAAGUUGUUUCAUGUUGAAAAUGUUGAAGCUGUCCCCUAUCCCUGUGUAGAUUACAGUGUUUAGUCUAUCAUACUGGAUCAGAUUCAUUUGAUGCUGUAGCAGUCUCAAAAACUUCCUGAUAUGAUAAUCCUUAAAGGAAAAGUUAACCCAAAAAUAGAAAUUCUCUCAUCAUUAACUCACCCUUAUGCCAUCCCAGAUAUGUAUGACUUUCUUUCUUCUGCAGAACACAAACUAAGAUUUGUAGAAGAAUAUCUCAGCUCUGUUGGUCAAUACAAUGCAAGUCAAUAGCAAACAAAACUUUGCAUAAAAGUAUUCCAUAUAACUCCAGUGGUUUAAUGAAGCGAUCUAAUCAGUUUUGGGUGAAAACAGACCAAAAUGUAAUUCCUUUUCACUUCAAUUGCAAUUGAUGGAUUUCAUUUAUGAUGGCUUUAUGUUAAUUGUUUUUGAGCUUCAGAGUUUUGGUUACCAUUUACUUGCAGUGUAUGGACAUACAGAGCUGAGAUAUUCUUUAGAAUGUGGCAUGGGGGUGAGUAAAUGAUGAGAGGAUUUUCAAUUUUGGGUGAAUUAUUUCUUUAAUUUUAUGUACAUAUUACUAAUGUUGAAGUAUUACUGCCUUAACAAAUUAUAAAGAAAAUUAAAAUUGUAUACAUCUGUCAGUACAGGUGGUCACUGAAUGCAUAACCGAAUCUAGAAAGGCCUGUGAAAAAGGAGGUACAGAUUAGGGCAGAAAUAUUGGCCUUAUUUAGUAUACAGACCUGGCUUCCAUAUGAUUGGUUUUAUAAAGACAUGCCAGAAGCUGUUACUAUUCUGUUCAUUUGGCCAUGUCUGGUAUUACCAUAGGUGCUAUAUGUGAGUCAGCCCCAUUGAAUAUUAAGAUACAAGUAUUUCUUGUCUUGACAUUGUGUUUGUACAUAUGAUUUUGUAAAAAACAAAACAAAAGCACAUCAUUUUUUAGCACAUCAGCAUCACUAUGUACAGUCACUUGGAGUUUUGUUGUUACUUUGAUUCUUGUCUUAUUACUGUUACACAGCAAAGUAGAAUUGUAACAUUCUUUUAAAGAAAUUUAAAGUACAUUUUAUGUUAACAAUUGUAUGCUAGUUUUGUUUAAUCAUGGUAUUAUUGCAUGUUAUCAAAGUGCAUUUGCCAUUUAAUGACCAUUUUCAAAAAUAAAAAGCUUUGAUGUAAUUGUCAAAA